ACCUCAUCAAUGUCUCUAAGUAUCUGCAGGGAGGGUGUCAAGAGAAUGGAUCUGGGCUCUUCUUGGUGAUGCUGAGUAAUAGAACAAGAGGCAGUGGGCAGAAAGUGAUGCACAGGAGGUUCCACCUGAAUAUGAGGAAGAACUUCUUCACUACACAGGUGACUGAGCGCUGGAACAGCUUGCCAAGAGAGGUGGUGGAGUCUCCCUCACUAGAGAUAUUCUGGACCAUCUGGACACAAUCCUGUUCCAUAUGCUCUAGGAUGACCCUGCUUGAACAGGGAGGUUGAACCAGAUGAGCUACUGUGGUCCCUUCCAGCCUGACCCAUUUUGCGAUUCUGUGACACAGUUGCAUUAAUGCCAGCCCAUGCUUUGGGCCAAGCUGCUGGCCUUGCUAGCAUUUUCUUCCCUGGACAUUUUCACCAUCCUCCUCUUCCUCUCUUGCUUCCAUUUGUGUGGAAAGAGGCCCUUGUUAUUCCUUACUUUUGUCUCCAUUGUUGUGUAUCAGAGACAGUGACUAUGCUUCACUGCCCUCUUCUCUAGUGAUCAAGGAUGCCUCUAGGGUGUUUUUUCUUUACAAUUAUCAGUUUCAGAAUCUGAGAAUUAUUUGGGUAUUUUGUGAUAGAUAGUAUUUAGUCAUGAAAGUUUUAGGUGAAUCUUAUUAUAAGAUGAAAGAGCAAAUGAAUUGUAAAGGAAAAAAGGAGAAAUUCAUGGGGAAAUGAAAUUACAUAAAUAACAUGAGUUCUUUUAGAAGUACUGAGGAAAAGUGUGUGGCAUUGGUAGGAAUAAAAAAUUGGAAACUUAAAUCUUAGAUUUUUCUUUUUUUAAUGGGACUGUUAGGGUGGGGAUGUCUAAUACCCAGCACAGCAUAGGUCAAGCAAUUUCAGCAAAUGUUCUGACCCCUGUGAUAAAUUCUGUGAUGCAGAGAAUCACUUCUGUUUAAGGUUACACAAGAGCUUUGGAGUUAAGCUGCAGAUAGUAGAAAACAUCCCCAUAGCUAGAUUAAACUAUGUACCAUAAAAAUAGUUUGUCGUUCAGUUAAAACUUGCUCGGCUGCAGUUUUAUCUUGUUAUGCUUUUUGUUAUUGCCAGACUCUCUCUGGAUCAUACUUAGUAAUGUUGUGCUCAGCUUCCUUCCACUUUCAGUUGAACAGAUAAAGUAUCUUUGUAACAGUUCUGAUUAUAAAGUCACUGUACUGUCACUUGUUUCAUUUUCUCCCAGUUUAUUGACAAAGCAGUUGCAGAAUGUUGGUCCAGUAAUAGAUUUGCAGAGUGAAACAUUCUGCUGGGGUUUUAGGAAAUAAUUUUGCUGGUUUUAGCAGGGAAGGAAUUAAAAUGACAGGGGUUUGUCUUGUCAGUCCCCAUGGAAGCCUGCUCAGCUAAUGAGCAUCUGGAAGGUUGUGGCUCCAGGAGAUCAUGGCUCUUAAGUGCUAAACUGGUAAAUGAUGGUGCCUGUGCUGAGCCUCUGCUUGGCCAGGUGACACCUCUCCCCACACUGCCGGGAGCAAAGGGCUCUGCAUACCUGGAGGCAGGUAGCAAAGCAGGGGAGCCAUUGGCCUGGCUGAGGGGCUGGCAGUGAGGGGAGCAGGCACUGGGCAGAGAGGGUCUCUGAAGGGUAGGUGGCACAGGCUGAGGAGACGAGGCUGGGCAUGUAGAGGCAAAGGGAAGACAGGCACUGUCCAGACGAGGGCAUGUGCUGGUGUUAGUGGUGGUGGCAGAUAUUUACAGUGACAGCUGUAAAAAUUAGAAUACAGUCCCUUUCAGGUUCUGUGCAGAAACAAACUCCUGCUUGAGUUUCUCCUGCUGUGAGAACAUCAGCAUGAAAUGUGACCGUCACCCUGUGUGGGGUUGUUCUGCCCACAGAACAGCAUCCUAUUGGCUUUUGUCGUAGCUCAGGUGCUUGCUCUGUCUAAAGGUUUCUAGCCCUACCAAGGGAAAACUGACAGUACCUGGUGGAAUUUGUGCUUUUACUGUCUGUCCUUUUCAGAGGAGAAAAAGAAAUUACAUUAAUCUUUUUUAAAAACCACAAAGUCCAGAAUUUAGAAGCUGUGAUCUUCAGGAUUAAUAAACUCAAUAUAAAUUCAGCAUAUUGUGUGCAGUACAAGAACAGAUACUGUUUUCCUCUAGAGGAUAGCUGUCUUGCCUUCUGCAGGGGCUGCUUUGGAGAGGAAUGAAAAGCAGCAUGCUGCAGCAUGACCCAUGUUUCAUUUGCUGUGUAAAUUGGAAGGUUUAGAGUUGAUGAGUCUGGGGAUUGCAGGAAGGAAAAAGGCAUGGUCUUGAGAUCCCCAAGCUGGAUUUUGUCCCUGCCAUGAGCUUCCUCUGUAAGCAAUAUUUUCAACCCUGUGUCCCCAUCGUCUUCUGACAUGCUUUUUUGAGCCAUAGGGAUGUAAUCUGGUAGCUGGCUGCUUAAACCUUGUGUGAAGUCUGUCAUGCCGAACAAACAUGGAAGUAUCAAAUUCAGGAAUGUGCAGACAGAAUUUUGCCGCUUAGUAAUUUUUUGAGAAUUUGAAUUUGCGCUGUUAACUGUCCUUGAAUGCAGGGGGGUGAUGUGUAUGUGCUGUGGAUUAUGUAUCUGGGUACUCAAGGACUCCUACUACCCGAGCAUUUCUCAGGUAACUGAAUUAGAAAUGGCAACAGAAAUCUGUUGAAGCAGCAACUUCAUUACUCAGAAGGGUUCUGUGUGUAACUUAUUAUAUUCUGUUUGUGCAAAAAAGUAAGUAAAAGGAACAGCUUCUGUGCUCAACAAGGCCCAGAGUUGGUUUUACUUCUUAUAGGAAUUAAUUUCACGGCCUGUGGAUAAUACUUGUUAAAACCUUCCUCUUGCAUACAGACCUUCCCAGACAGCUGGUUGCUUUUCAGGGAAUUGAAAAAGCAUUCAUUGCUGUAGAAAUAUGUGCAGUGAAAAUAGAGACUGCUGCCUGGACUGAUGUAUUGGACAGCUUUGGUGAUGGCCAGACACACCUUCCGUUGCACUCCCUGUGUGUUGGAGAGCGAGUUCAGGAAGCAGAUAUGCUUAUGUUGGAUUUCUGAAGAGCUUUUCCUACCACCUUUUUUUUUUUUUUAACCUGCAAGAAAGAUUUUUUUUUUUUAAUUACAUAUAAAGGUGACAAUAAUCAAGCUUGGAUUUCAGGUUAAUGCAGUAACACUAGAUCUCAUUGUGAUUAGACAGGCAUGGAAAAAUGAGAAUUGUUUUUAUCAGCUUUGCCAGUUGAGCAUCUGGUGAUGCCUAGGGGGUGAGUGGCAUAGUGCAUUGAAAAUUAAUUGACUAUCAACUUCACAUUGCUCAUUCAGAGCCCUACAAACGUUUAUUAUUCAUGAUGUAUGGCAUCCUUCCAGGUUUUGGAUGGACCGCACUGAGAUGACGGUGCAGAAGGCACAAAAAGGAACACGUCACGGGGGGUUAAAACUGAUAUUCACUGCUCCCUGUCCCAUCUCAGACUUGCUCUUUGGCUCUGCCCAAAGCAUCUACCGUCCCCUAUAUGUAAAAUGGAUGCACUAAAACAAACUCAUUUUUCGGUGAAUUAGCAUUUGAUCAACUUUAAUUUCUACAUCUUUGUGUAGGAACAACUAAAUGGCAUUAUUUACCAGCUGUUGUACUAUUUUUUUCAUUACUAAGUGGAGUUUUUGAAUAUGUUAUAAUGACUGACACUCAUUACAAAUUUUGAGUUUCUGCUUUCUUAAUGUGGAUCCUUCUGCAUGGCAGCAGUUUUCUGCUAACUAAUAUGUAUUCUAGAACUGUGCUCCCAGAUUAAAUCUAUCACGUUUUUAUAGUCUGUCUCCUCUGGAGCUGGCAACAAAUGGAAGCACGCUAAUGUGCACCAGGGACAUCAUUAGAGGGGUGUAUGUGUCGUUAUUGGUUAGCUUUGUUCCUGCCUUGGCAUCACGGACAUGAACCUGAUUUCUCCAUGUAUUCUCCUUUCCCUGAAGGUAUUGAGAACCUGCCAUUUGAAUUGCAGAGAAACUUCCAGCUCAUGCGAGAUCUGGAUCAGAGGACAGAAGACCUCAAGUCGGAGAUCGAUAAGUUGGCCACAGAGUAUAUCAGCAAUGCACGAACUUUGUCUUCAGAGGAAAAACUGGGGCUUCUCAAGCAAAUCCAGGAGGCCUAUGGGAAGUGCAAGGAGUUUGGGGACGACAAGGUUCAGCUGGCUAUGCAGACCUACGAGAUGGUUGAUAAGCACAUCCGGCGGCUGGACACAGACCUCGCUCGCUUUGAAGCAGACCUGAAGGAGAAGCAGAUAGAGUCGAGUGACUAUGACAGUUCUUCCAGCAAGGGCAAGAAGAAGGGCCGAGCCCAGAAAGAGAAAAAAGCUGCCCGUGCUCGCUCUAAAGGGAAGAACUCUGAUGAGGAAGCACCAAAAACUGCCCAAAAGAAAUUGAAGCUCGUCCGCACUAGCACAGAGUAUGGGAUGCCUUCAGUCACCUUUGGAAAUGUGCACCCUUCGGAUGUACUGGAUAUGCCCGUGGACCCCAAUGAGCCUACUUACUGCCUCUGCCACCAGGUCUCCUAUGGGGAGAUGAUUGGCUGCGACAACCCAGAUUGUUCCAUUGAGUGGUUUCAUUUUGCCUGUGUGGGUCUGACAACAAAACCAAGAGGGAAAUGGUUCUGCCCUCGCUGUUCGCAGGAGAGGAAGAAGAAGUAAAUUCCCAUGAAACCUCAGAACUGCUGCAGGAGCUCUCUUCCCCCUGCCAGGGCCUCGUCCCAGUUCCCCCAGCCCUUGGGGCCUUGGCUGAGGGGGAGUCUUGCCCUGUUUGUGGUUUGGGCCAUCCCUGGAAUGGUGUGUACCCUCACAGUGGUUCCUGUGUGUUCUGUAUCCCGGGUUGCUUCCAAGUCCCUAAGGGAGGACUUCUCUGUGUACUAUUCCAAACAGGUCUCUGAACCUCAAAGGGAAUGAAUGAGGGCACCAGGGUAGCCACCAGAUUCCCAGGGAUUCAGGUAGCCCCUGAUUUUCCUUGGCUUUCCUUCAGCCUCCUCAGAGUUCAUUGCCUACUCUGUGCUUAGAGAACAAGGCUAUGGGAUGGGGGAAGGAAAGGAGGUAAGUCUUCAGCAUUUUAGGUCAUUGAUUUUCCUGGAUCUUUUUCAGGAGAGAGGGAGUAACCAGGCUACUUCUUAAUCUAGUGGACUGGUUGAGAAACUGAAAACCUGAUGUGCUCCCUGUCUUUAACCAUUCCAUUACUGGCAUUGAGCAGCCUCUUUUGCUGGGGAGAGGAGGAGGCGGAGGGAGUGUUUAGAGCUAGCUUUGUCUCCCUUAUUCCUGGGGUAACCCUGCUGGUCUGGGAAGCACAUUAUGGGAAGGAGGAAGAAUUUCUAACCACAUGGGGAGAAGUGGCUUGGUCUAGCCUGUCUUCCGGCUCCAAAAUUCUGCCUUCCUUUUGUGCAGUGGUGCUUCUCCAUUAUGUUGAUGGUGGAAAGUUUGGGGAUCAGAUCCCACUUGUAUAAAACAGAAUGAAAUAAAAUUCAUUGAAACAAAUAUUCUGUUUGCCUUGCUGUUACCUCCAAAAUAAAUUGUGGCAAUUGG